GUUUCAAUGACUCACUUUUCUGAGAAAGUUGUUUUCGCGUAGACAACGUAAAAUUAAGUAACGAAAGUUUUCCCCUUAAAAAUCUGCGACAUCCUAUAGUUUUAUUUCAUUUUUCAAACGCCAUUGUUGACAUUGAGUAUUAAUCAAAAUCAAGCUUUCCUCCCCCGCGCUGUUGGAAUUGGGCACUGUCGUCGGGGAGAGAGUGAACAAAGAAUAAUAAUAAAAUGAGUUUUCUGUUUGGAAGCCGCUCGUCAAAGACGUUCAAACCCAAGAAGAAUAUACCAGAAGGAACUCAUCAAUAUGAUUUGAUGAAACAUGCAGCUGCUACACUUGGAUCAGGCAAUCUAAGGCUCGCAGUUAUGCUGCCAGAUGGAGAGGAUCAGAAUGAGUGGGUUGCUGUCAACACUGUUGACUUUUUCAAUCAGAUCAACAUGUUGUAUGGCACCAUUACCGAGUUUUGCACUGAAGAGAGCUGCCCUAUCAUGUCUGCCGGUCCAAAGUAUGAGUACCAUUGGGCAGAUGGCCAAACAGUUAAGAAACCCAUCAAGUGCUCGGCUCCAAAGUAUAUUGACUACCUCAUGACAUGGGUGCAAGAUCAGUUGGAUGACGAAAAUCUAUUCCCAUCCAAGAUUGGUGUUCCAUUCCCCAGAAACUUUUUAUCAAUAGCAAAAACAAUACUGAAGCGCCUUUUCCGUGUCUAUGCUCACAUUUAUCAUCAACAUUUCCCUGAAGUUGUGCAGCUUGGGGAAGAAGCACACCUCAAUACCUCUUUCAAACAUUUCAUCUACUUUGUCCAGGAAUUCAGUUUAAUUGACAGAAGGGAGCUGGCUCCUCUCCAAGAACUAAUUGACAAGCUUGCUAACAAAGAAGGAAGAUGAAUUACAGUUGUUAGAGAAUGUGUUGUUGCAGCCACCUCAUAUCAUAUUUUUAUUCAAGAGGCCUUGAACCUGUCAACUAGAAUCUGCUGUCAACUUGUUGUAUUUUCACAUGGAUUUAUACGUAGGAUCUGCCCCUCCAUCAAUGCCUCUAUGGCAUCUCUCUAUCACACACAUAUUCGAUUGAUAACUCCCCCUAAAGUGUCACCUGAAGGAUUAUCCUGUAUUGCAAAUUUAUCCUAUUAUUGAUCGUCACCAGGUUGUUUAGGAAAGGUGCAUGAUCCGGAAGAAAAUUUCAAGUGCUAUUGUCCAUAUUAUUAGUGAGAACCGGUAAUCAGGUCAUGUUUGAAGAAAUCCUAGCGCAUAUGAUUUCCUUGCUGCUUUUAUGAUGGCGUUUUUCUCACUUUUUUACGAGGAAAUUCCCCCUAAAAGCCGCCCAUCCUUUACUCCUCCUGUUAGUGUCGGAUUUUCGGUGAGACAAUUUUUUUUUCCAAUAUUAUUAUAUAAAGUAAUUUUGCGCGCAAGGUAAGAACGGCCACGAAAAAGUUCUUGUUCAUUGUUUGUUUACUUGUAAGUGUAAAUAAACAAGUCAUGUAAAUAUAUAUCCAGACAUCGGUA